AUGGUGGAGCUCCGAAUCGCGCGUCUGCGUGGGAAUCCGCCGGCCAAGGCGGUGUUGACGGAUAUUCGAUCGAAAUGCAACCGGUUGCCAGAGCUUGAAAAACUCUGUCUGGGGGUGGUCGAUCGCCUCGAGGCUCUACACGACGAGGUAGCGCAAUGCCGGACAGACGACACGCUACGAGUAAAAUACAUUGAUAUAAUCUUGAUUCUCGUGAAGCGGAUUGUACGACGAAAACCGCUGCUGACAAGACUGGCGACAUUUCACUCUGCUGCACUAGUAAUUCGGAGGCUGCAUCAAGAUCUUGACGAUGUUGAAACGGUAUUGCGGGCAGGUAGCGAGGGGCAGGAGUGGGGGGACCAAUGGGAGAGCGAUCGUACGAAACAGUUCUCUAUUUUAGAGAAUUUGGUCCAAAAUGCGACGGAUCGACACUUGGUGAGAGAGAUCAAAAGUCACAAAAUGGUGCAACAAGUUCUGAUGAAACUGCACAAGGAGCUGGGUGGAUGUCCUUUUGAGACGCAUUGUCAGCUGAUGCGAGCGACAUUUGAUCGUGUUUGUGCAUUUGCUCAACUGGACGAUGUCCAGUUUCCAGAUUGGUACAUUUCUGCUGAUGAUUUGAUGUUUGAGGACGGGUCGGGAGUGUCUGGUACGUUUGGAGAAGUGCGUCAUGCUAUGUGGUUUCAUGCUGGAGAGCGUACGCGUGUGAUGGUGAAGCAGCUCUUCCAGAACUCAUCG